ACUUCCUCUUCACCGCUGUGUUCAGUUGUGAUUGGGGAGCGGAGUUUACGGAAGUGUCCGCAGACUAAUGGAGCCAUGAACAUCUCAUUUAGUGUUGACACCAUUUAAACAAACUGCAAAGUUCGUGUUUCUUGUGUAACCCGGGAACUCAGAGCCCGGGCGGCCUGACACUCAGCGAGGAGGGGACGAGCUAGCCUCUUAGCUAGGCGGUGUGUCAGUGGACGACUUGUGGAAAAUGGAUUUCCUCUGUGAUGUUCUUCAAGCUUUGGUCGCUUUAGCAGCUCUGUGUUUCAUUGUGGUGAUCAUUGUCGCACACGUCACUGCAGAGAUGGUGAAUCUAACACGCCACGAGAAGGAGAAAUACUUCCUGACCGCCUCAGGAGAGAAGGAGCCCUUCCCCAGCUUGCAUGAUCCCCAUUCCAGGGAGCUCUCGGUGGUCGUCCCCGCCUACAACGAGGAGUUCCGCAUGCCUGUGAUGUUGGAUGAAGCUAUGGAUUACUUGGAAAACAGACAGAAACAAACACCAUCUUUUACCUAUGAGGUCAUUGUGGUUGAUGAUGGCAGUAAAGACAAAACCACGGAGGUUGCUUUGCGAUACACUCGGAAGCACGGUGCAGAUAAAGUGCGUGUCCUGACGCUGGUGAAGAACAGGGGGAAAGGAGGAGCUGUGCGAAUGGGAACUCUGAGCUCCAGGGGUAAAGUCAUUCUCAUGGCCGAUGCUGACGGCGCCACUAAGUUUUCCGACAUUGACAAAGUGGAGGCAGGACUUAAAGACGUUGAGCCUAAACUGGAAAACAUGGCGAUUUCCUGUGGUUCCAGAGCUCACCUGGAGAAAGAUUCUGUAGCUGAGCGAUCAGCGUUUCGUACAUUCCUCAUGUACGGCUUUCACUUCCUGGUGUGGUUCCUCUGUGUGAGAGGCAUCAAGGACACACAGUGCGGUUUCAAGCUUUUCACUCGGGAGGCUGCACUCAAGACCUUCUCUUCUCUCCAUGUAGAGCGAUGGGCUUUUGAUGUGGAGCUCCUGUACAUUGCACAGUGUUUUAAAAUCCCCAUAGCAGAAGUGGCGGUCAACUGGACUGAAAUAGAAGGGUCCAAGCUGGUCCCGUUUUGGAGCUGGCUGCAGAUGGGUCGAGACCUGAUUUUCAUCCGCCUGCGCUACUUCACCAGAGCCUGGAAACUGGAGUCGCCUCAGAAGACUGACUAGCCGGUCAGACAGGCCGGUAUCCCAGAGACAGCCUUUGAUAGGGCCAUCAAACCUUUUGGAUGAGGUGGGAUAAACAACCGUGUCUGUCGUACGCUGUAAUCAAGUACAGUUUGCCACAGUCUUCUCCUUUCCAAAUGUCACGGGAGGGGAAGUAAAGACACAGUUGUGGGUUCCUCGUGCUCCUGCCUUUAUUUGAAUAUUCUGAUAUCGGCUUGUGAUGGCCCCUGUUACACGCACACUUCUGUCGCCGCGGCUCACAGAAUGUCCGUAUGAAUGAACCAUGUUUUUUUUGUGGCCAAUCAGGAGUGAGUGACAAGGACUCGUAGGAAAUGUGAUCAUCUGAUAUUCUGUGCGUCAUGAUUAGACUGAAUGUUGUUACUGUUUGUGAGAUUGUCAAAAGGGAGGGACUGUGAGGAAACGUGUCAGUGGGAUGGAUGAUUUAAACAGAAAUAAAAAAAAUAUCAAUGAUU